AUGUCUUUUGAUCAGGAAAGCUGCUACCUUUGUAAGGAAUAUCUCAGGGAUCCGGUUUCCAUCCCAUGUGGCCACAUCUUCUGCUCCAUCUGCCUGAAGACCUACUGGGACCAUGCGGACCACACCGGCUCCUACCACUGCCCGGAGUGCAGGGUCACUUACAACAAGAGGCCCACUCCGAGACGCAUGGGAGGCUCCCGGCAAUCUACCCUCCAACGCAACUCUGAGUCCUUCCCACCUCCACCUCCGUCCCCAGACUACAACUAUGCCGGACCCCAGGAUGUUGGCUGUGACAUCUGCAUUGGCAAAAAGCACAAAGCCAUCAAGACUUGCCUGAUGUGCCUGGCCUCCUACUGCGAGAAGCACCUUAAGCCCCACUUCGAGUCAGCCACUUUCAAAAGGCACAAACUGGUUGACGAGAUCGGCCACCUGGACAGGCAGAUCUGCCCACAGCAUCAAAAAGGCCUGGAGCUGUUCUGCCGCACUGAUCAGAUGUGUAUCUGUGUGCUGUGUACAGUUAAAGAACACAAGGGCCAUGACAUGGUUUCAGCCGAGCAGGAGAGAGCUGAGGAGCAGCAACGUCUGGGCGCCACCCAGGCCGAGAUCCAGGAGAGGAUUCAUGACCGCCUCAAGCAGAUGGAGGAGCUGAAACAAGCCGUGGACUCACUCAAGAAUUCAGCCCAGAGAACGCUGCAGGAAUGCGAAAAGAUGUUUAGCGACAUGAUGCGCUCCAUAGAGAGGAUGCAGACGGAAAUGGCCAAGCUGAUAUCGACCAACAAGAGGGCGGCGCUCAACAACGCCGAGGGCCACAUGGAGCGUCUGACCCACGAAAUCGCUGACUUGAAGAAGAGAGACAACGAGAUCACCCAGCUGUCCCGAACGGAGGAUCACAUCCACUUCAUCCAGAGUUACCACAUGCUGAUAGCCCAGACAGAGGCUGAGGAGUUGCCAUCGGUCACCGUGAACCCCUACUUCACCUUCGGCUCUGUUACCAAGGCAGUGUCCGAGAUGAAGCAGCACCUGAACGAAUUCGGCAAUGAAGAGCUGGUGAAAGUCGCCAAAGCUGUGAACAAAAUGUCCUUCUGUCAGCUGGAUGAGCCCAAAAAGAAACGCUCAAUUAAAAGUGACGAGGCUGUGAUGUACAAGGCUGUACCUGUCCAGGAACCUCAGUACAGGGACGACUUCUUAAGAUAUGCUUGCCAGCUCACUCUGGACCCAAACACAGCCUACAGACAGCUCUAUUUGUCUCGGGGGAACAGAAAGGCCGCCCUCAAGAGAGAACCCCAAUCUUAUGGCGACAACCCAGCCAGGUUUGAUUCCCUACCCCAGGUCCUGUGUAAGGAAAACCUCGCUGGAGGCGUCUACUAUUGGGAAGUAGAGUGGAGCGGGGAGGGCGCCGCCAUCGGGGUCACCUACAAGGGCAUCAAGAGGACGGGCUACGGAGACAGCUGCCGCAUCGGGUACAACCGCAAAUCUUGGAGCCUCUUCUGCUCGGACUCCAGCUACUCGGCCCGCCACAACAAAGACCAGAUAGAAAUCAAAGCGCCUUACUCCUCUCGUAUCGGGGUCUUCCUGGACUAUGACGGCGGCACUCUCUCCUUCUACGCCGUAGGAGACACCAUGUCCCUCCUCCACCGCUUCAAGGCCUCCUUUACUGAGCCUGUCUAUCCUGGGUUCUGGGUUUGGUAUGAGUCUGCAAUCACCCUCACCCAGCUGUGAUUGAAUAAUAUCUGUCCAGUGACCACAGUACGCCGUCUGUGAUUACUUUUUCUAAAUAUCUAUGCAUCUAACAAAAAUACAUUUGCUGUUUUGUUUUGUUUUUUACAUUAAAUAUGUGUUUUGAUCAAAGGGAAGCUGUUGUAAGAUGGAGUGGGAAUUUUCUAUGCCUUACUAUGAACAAAUGUUAGGAUGAAAGCAUUUAUGGAGUAACUCCAAAUACUGUCACUGAUUGAUGUAUGGUUUGAUUAUUUGCUAUUAAAGUUAUUUUCAUUAUUCGCCAUUUAUUGUAACUC